AUGAGCUGUGCCGUGGAGACGCUGAAGGUGAUGCUGCUGCGGGGUGGCAGCGAGGAAGUGGUCCGGGACGUGGGCGAUUCCGGGGGCUGGGAGCUCCUGGCCAGCCCCGAGCGGCACCACGACGGCGUCGCCCUGCUCGCCAGGGCCAUGGCUCGCCACGCGGGGCCGCGGCUGCCCCUGGUGGUGAAGAACCUGACGCCGGCCCUGAGCAGCGCCUUCGACAGCCAGAGGGUCACGGCCACCGCCUUCUUCGCAGAGCUCCUCAGCAGCAGCGUGGUGAAGGACCUGCUCGUGCUGGAGACGGUGCUGGACGCGAUGACGGGGCGCCAGAAGGAUUCCUGCCUCCUGGUCCGCGUGCUGGCGCUGCGGGGGCUCGGGAAUAUCGCCUCUGGAUCCCCGGAGAAGGUCAGGAAGCACGGCCCCACCCUCCUGGCCUCCAUGGUCAGUGGCAUGGACGACAAGGACGACCCCCACAACCUGGUGGCCCUGGAGGCCAUGUCCAGCCUGUCCAAGCUGCUGGACCACCUGGAGGAGAGGGACAUCCAGUCCAUGCUGCUCCACAUCGCCAUCCGCAUCCGCCCCUUCUUCGACAGCGUAAGGGAACAGGAGGAUAUCGGGGUUAUUCCCGAGGAUUCCGGGAUUGUGGCAGUGGAAGCCCUGAACCUGCUGCUCAAGGACCCCGUUCCUGCCGUGAGAAUCAAGGUGGCCGAGACCCUGGGCAGGCUGGUGAGGAUCCUGUGA